CAGAAAUAAGGAGAGUUUCUACAGAAGCGGUUUGGCAGACGAAAACAAGAAAACGGAGCGAAACAAACCAGUUUCUCUUCAACACCGGCACUUUCCGCAAGAGACGGAGGGGAUUUUUAGCCAGUUUUGCAGCUUUUCUCAACGUAUUAUCUGGUGCGGGAGUGAAGUCCACGCAGUGGAGCGCAGGGCAGUUUGGACCGUGCGUAAUUCUGGGGAGAUUUUAUCGUUGCGCUGCGUCAGGAUGCGCGUCUGGCCGCUGCUGGCUCUCCUCUGCAUGAUGUGCGCAGGACGCGCUCAGAAGUUCUCCGCUCUCACGUUUCUGCGGGUGGAUCAGGAUAAAGAGUGCAACAUGGAAUGCGCUGGAGCUCCUCGAAAACCCCUGUGUGCCUCCGACGGCCGGACCUUCACAUCUCGCUGCGAGUUCCUCCGAGCCAAGUGCCGCGACCCCCAGCUGGAGGUCAGCCGAGGGCCGUGCAAAGAAACAUCCAGAUGUGUUGCAGAGAAGAAGUACACAGAGCAACAGGCCAAGAAGCAUGCCUUUGUUCCUGUAUGCAACCCUGAUGGCACUUAUAGCGAGGUUCAGUGCCACAGCUACACUGGAUACUGCUGGUGCGUCACCCCCAACGGGCGACCAAUCAGUGGUUCUUCUGUUGUCAAUAAAAAGCCUCGAUGCCAAGGUUCUAAACAAGACAGAUCAGUCCCCAUAGAUCCAAGACCAGGUUCAAAACAAGAGAGAGGAACUCCGAUAGAUCAAAAACCAGUCUCUUUGCAAAUAUUCUCCAUUCUAAAUGCAGAACCUAUCGCUGUGGAGCCACCAUCUCCUCCAGAAGAAGAAGACGUCACUUCCCCAUACCCCGAUCUGUUGGAACAGGCCUACAACCGGCAGAAUAGAUCCAGAGCAUCAUCUUCAUCGUGUGACCAGGAGCAACAGUCCGCCCUGGAGGAGAGGAGGCAGCGUAAUACUGACGCUGUGUUUGUGCCAGACUGUGCCCAUGGCGGGUUCUAUAAGCCAGUCCAAUGCCACCCCUCCACUGGCUACUGUUGGUGUGUGCUUGUAGAUACUGGGCGGCCAAUACCGGGGACUUCAACCAGGUAUGAACAGCCAAAGUGUGACGGUAAUGCCAGAGCCCGUCCAACUAAACCAAAGGACCAUUAUAGAAGCAGACAUCUCCAAGGCUGUCCCGGGGCAAAGAAAACAGAGUUCUUGACGAGUGUUCUUGAUGCGCUGUCGACAGACAUGGUGCAUGCUGUCACAGAUCCAGCAUCCGCCGGAAGGAUGGCAGAACCUGACCCCAGCCACACUCUGGAGGAGAGGGUUGUCCACUGGUAUUUCAGCCAGCUGGACAAAAACGGCAGCGGAGACAUCGGAAAGAAGGAGAUCAAGCCUUUCAAGCGUUUCCUGCGCAAAAAGUCCAAGCCAAAGAAGUGUGUGAAGAAGUUUGUGGAAUACUGUGACAUCAGCAACGACAAGGCUCUUUCCCUGCAGGAGCUCAUGGGUUGUCUUGGGGUGACCAAGGAAGAAGGGGCCAAAUCUGGGGAAGACCUACCUUCCAGUAAACUAAACCCUUCAAGGAAGCAGGGCUGAGCCGACUUCUGACACCUUCCUUCUCAGUCCGAGAAUCUGCCCUCACCAAUCGGCAACAGUGGAAACCAUAGUAUUUGCACUUUGUACUUUAAAAAAGAAAAUGUAAAUUCACUUUGUAGAAAUUAGAUAUUUAAACAGACUGCUGAAUCUGUGAACAGUGUAGUUACUGUUUUAUGUUCUAAAAGCAAGAAAUACUUAACACAUACAAUGUAUGUGUCCUUUGUGUGUCUAAAAAAUGUACUUUAAAAAACUGUUUUUUGUGUUUGAUGCUACAUUUUGUCCCCCAGUUAGCUUCCAAGGUGGAUAUUUGUAUAGUUUGCUCCAUAGCAUCAAUAAAUUAGACCACAUAAUCUCUUGUCUGCUUAUCGGUUACAUCUUUUUCUGUAUUUUGUAAAGCAGUUUGCAAGAAUGUAUUAAUAACCAUGCAGUAAAUCACAGAAAUGUCUUAUAUGUUCACAUUUAUUCAUUAGAAAUAAAGAACUCUUCUAUAGAUGCUGUGUUUAGGGUCUGUCUCAUGAGUAAGAACUGAAAUAAAGUCAGACGAUUCCUUUGUUUCCCUGAACCUUAAUUCAUGUUUUACAGCAUACCUUGUCAUAUAAAUCGUGUAAUAUCUUUGCCUUUUUGUAUUUUCUUGUGCAGCCUUUAAUAAAACAACUUGUCGACAUCUUC